CACCUAUCAAUGCCUGUCAGUGCCACCUAUCAGUGCUGCCAAUCAGUGCCACCCAUCAGUGCCAGUCAGUGCCGACUAUCAGUGCGCAUCGAUGUCGCCUAUCUGUGCCUGUCAGUGCUGCCUAUCAGUGCCACCUAACAGUGCUAGUCAUCAGUGCCGCCUAUCAAUGCCACCUAACAGUGCCGCCUAUCAGUGCCAUAUAUGAGUGAUGCUUAUCAAUGCCCAUCAGUGCCACCUACAAGUGCCACCUAUCAGUGCCCAUCACUGCAGCCUCAUUAGCGCAUAUCAGUGAAG